AUGCCUGCUGUCUGUAUCCUCAAUGACAUGCACGUAAGCACUGUUCCACCAGAAAUAGCUCAGCUGAACGACUAUGAAAACAUUUUAAUCCAACGCGCUAAAGCGUUUCAGGUGGUUGUUACAAUGAAUCCUGUGGCUAAUAAACGUCUACCCAAUCGUCAGAUGGUUAAAAAACAAGACAUUGUUGACGUUAAUAAAGUGUAUAAAGCAUUACAAUACCUCAAAAAUGUAAACGAACAUUAUGCUUAUAUCAAAUUAACAGAUUUACCUAACCAGCUCAUAAACAUACAUGAAAAUAUUCAACAUAAUGUUACAAAUACACCAGAUAAUACUGAAGAAGGCAUUUUAGAAGAUGGUACAGCAGCACUGUUGACCCAAAUCACAAGAGAAAAGGAAACUGAUUAUGAGCAUUACACCAUAUAUCCUUUGAAUGAACGGAGACAAAAUGCACCAGCUUCAGAACUCUACCAAAUGCUCAAAGUAAACACAGCACCGAUUGAUGCCCGAGAUAAAGACCUCGACGUUAAAUGUUUUCCACAUUUAUAUGUAGAAGGAAAAUACGGCCAAUUUCAUAAUCGGCAGCAGAAAGUAACUUCUAGUGAAUUUAUUAAAGCCCGGCUUAUGUCAAAACAUCCUCAAUUUAGACUCAACCAACAGUAUCUAUUUUUCUUAUUGAAUGAUGCUAAUAUGCGCCAAUUAAACUCCGGAAUCUUUUAUAAAAUGAAUUGUGCUAAUCAGAGAGAUAAAAUUACGGUAGAACGGUAUCUCUAA